AUGAUAAGCCCCAAGAAGCUCAACAAAAUGGCAAGGAAGUGGCAGAGGAUAGCAGCCCUUGGAAGGAAAAGAAUUUCUUCAUCAAGAACAAAUAACAAUGAGGAUGCAAAAAGUUGCAUUGCAUCAGUGGCAAAUAAAGGCCAUUUUGUUGUGUACACUGCUGAUCAGAGGCGCUUUAUGAUUCCCUUGGUGUUUCUCAGCAAUAACAUCUUCAGAGAGCUCUUCAGGAUGUCUGAGGAGGAGUUUGGACUGCCUAGCAAUGGGCCGAUAACAUUGCCUUAUGAUUCAGUCUUCAUGGAGUACAUAAUCCCACUCAUCCAACGAGGCAUGGCUAAAGACAUUGAGAAAGCUUUGCUAAUUUCAAUUGCAACCAGUCGCUGCUCACUGUCAUCUUCCCAUCAAGGACAAAUGGGCCAUCAGUUACUUCUUUGUGGCUACUGA